AAGAAUUAAUAUAUGACGACAUCACCGAAGCUUUAUUACGAGACGUUCCGUUCGAAUAAAUUUCUUCAUAAAUCUCGUAAACCUUACCGAUUACGCUGGCACACAAACUUAAGAUCAAAUCAUGGAAAAAUAGUCUUCUUGUUACUUGAAUUGAAGAUGAACGUCUGUCAAGUGCGUCAACUAGUCGGAACUUCUAUCACUUAAUAUCAUCUCCCUAUAUAACUCUUUGAUCAAGAAGAAAAACUAAAGAACGAUCAACGCACAGUGGCGAAAAUUGCCAUUGUGCGAGCAUGACCGCAAAACCAACAUUCGCUCCGACGGAGAUCUCUUCUUUCGACGUGACAUCGUUAUUAGAUGUCACUUCGAUCGAAGAGAAUCCUCGUGCCAAUAAUACCGAGGUGAACGAAAUGGAGAUCAACUGGUCAGACAUGCCCUCAGCAAUCGUGAAGAUCUGCAUCCUCGGUUCAAUCAUCACCACAGCGUUGUUCGGUAAUUUGUUAGUGAUGGUGUCCGUAAUACGGCACAGAAAGCUACGAAUUAUUACCAAUUAUUUCGUAGUCUCGUUAGCACUAGCGGAUAUGCUGGUGGCGAUGUUUGCGAUGACCUUCAACGCUAGCGUGCAGGUGACCGGCAAAUGGCUUUUCGGCUAUUUCAUGUGUGACGUUUGGAAUUCUUUAGAUGUCUACUUUAGCACUAGCUCAAUACUCCACCUAAUGUGCAUCUCGGUAGAUCGAUAUUAUGCGAUCGUGAAGCCACUCAAAUAUCCCAUCAACAUGACGAAAAGAGUAGUGGCAUUUAUGCUAUUAGCCUGUUGGGUGUCGCCGGCCAUCAUUUCCUUCGUGCCAAUCUUCUACGGCUGGUACACUACGGAAGAAAACAGCGUGCAUAGGCAUAAGCAUCCAGAACUCUGCGAAUUUAAAGUCAACAGAAUAUAUGCUAUACUGUCAUCAAGCAUAUCCUUUUGGAUACCGUGUACCAUCAUGGCGGUCACAUAUUUUGCUAUAUUCAAAGAGGCUAACAAGCAAGAAAAGCAGAUGCACAGCAGAAUGGGUAACGCUAUGUUGCUCAGUCACAGACCGAGUAAAGAUCUUAAUAAUUUAAAUGGUGAACUGAAUAGCGCUGGAUCGUCAAAAACUCUGACUUUAAAUGAAAUAAACACCGAGCAUUUACAUACACCGACAAAAGAUAAACAUAUGAUGAAGAUGAAAAGAGAACACAAAGCAGCGAGAACGUUAAGUAUCAUUAUGGGCACUUUCAUCCUUUGCUGGUUACCAUUUUUUCUUUGGUACGUCACUACAGCGCUUUGCGGCGAGACUUGUCCAUGUCCCAACAUCGUGAUUGCGAUUCUAUUUUGGAUUGGGUAUACGAAUUCAGCAUUAAAUCCAUUGAUUUAUGCAUAUUUUAAUCGCGACUUUCGAGAAGCGUUUAAAAAUACCUUGCAAUGUGCUUUCUGUUCGCUCUGUAAACGAGAGCCAUUGGAUCUCGAAGCACUGGAUUUUCGUCGACCAUCCCUCAGAUACGACGAUCGCACCAAGAGCAUAUACUCAGAAACAUACAUAAAGAACAUUGAUCGACGAAGAUCAAGUGAAUUUGGCAGCAGUCUUUGAGACGAAACUACGUUCCCAAGAUUCUAAAAGCGAGUGCAAAAAAUACCAAUAACAUCUAUAUACAACAUUCAUCAUAUAUAUAAAUAGACGCGUUCAUCAAUUAAAUAUAACUAACAUACACACAACACAAUGCGCGCGCGCAAACACAAUCAUAUCGAGACAUUAUUCAACACUUUGCCAAAUAGAUGAAAAUGAAGAGGAUAAAAAGAGUCAUCGAUUUUUUUUCACGGUGACAAUAAAUACACACGAAUAUGUUGAAUAUCUUAUAUAAAGCUGGAAAUAAGCAUGUAUACAUAGAUUAUAUCAUAUUGCCAAAGUUAGAUUUUUAAGCUUUUGUAGCUAAUGAAAAGUGUGUCGUGUUUCGUAAGAAUCAAUAAAAUCGUGCCUGUGGAAGAACAUAA